AUGGAAUUCUUGCAGGAAAGCCAAAUCCAGGUCAUCGGCAUCGCUGUCGCCGUGGCUGCGAUCGUCGCCGGCGCUGCCUACACUCUAUCUCAGCAAGAAACCCAAAGGUUGUUUGGACCCCUGAAAAACUUUAGGGAGUUCAAGCUUGUGGAUCGGAAGCAGCUGCUUACAAUGUGGCCAAGUUCCGGUUUGGCUUUACCCACACCUACUUCUGUGCUGGGUCUUCCCAUUGGGCAGCAUAUCAGUUGCAGAGGAAAGGAUGCUGUUGGUGAAGAAGUGAUCAAACCUUAUACGCCAAUUACGUUGGAUUCAGAUGUUGGUUACUUUGAGCUUGUAAUAAAGAUGUAUCCUCAAGGAAGGAUGUCUCAUCAUUUCCGCGAGCUGCGUGUUGGUGACUUCUUGUCCGUAAAGGGCCCUAAGGGUCGAUUUAAAUAUCAACCAGGACAAGUAAGAGCAUUUGGAAUGCUUGCUGGAGGGUCUGGCAUUACUCCUAUGUUUCAAGUUGCCAGGGCUAUAUUGGAGAACCCAAAUGACGCUACUAAAGUUCAUCUUAUCUAUGCAAAUGUUACAUAUGAUGAUAUCCUUGUGAAGGAAGAGCUAGAUGGGCUUGCCACCAACUAUCCCAAUCGCUUCAAGGUGUACUAUGUGCUAAAUCAGCCACCUGAAAACUGGGAAGGUGGGGUUGGUUUUGUGUCAAAGGAGAUGAUUCAAGCUCACUGCCCAGCUCCUGCCUCUGAUAUUCAGAUUCUCCGGUGCGGACCUCCUCCCAUGAACAAGGCCAUGGGCGCGCACCUUGAUGAUCUUGGUUAUUCCAAAGAGAUGCAGUUCCAGUUCUAAUCCUUCAUAAUCUCCAAAUCUCAUAAGCUAUUGAACAAGACCGAAAGAUUCUUGUAUUUGCAUGCCAUUCAACUUUCAUUAGCUUGUCAAGACUCAACCUUUUGUUGUUUUUGCCUGUAAUGUACUUUUUUGUAUUCGAGGUUUCUCUCGAUGAAAAUGGUUUGUACCACAUCUCUGUGUAUCUUGCAAUCAGGAAGCUAAUACUUGGAAGAAUUAAAUUGAAUAAGAACCAAGUUAAAGUUGCA